AACUGGCAUUGCGGACCGCAGACUCGGCAGGCAAAAACUAAGCUGAAACGGUGUCGGCGUCACCCGUGCCCGUGCAAGCCCGUCGUCUGACAACUCCUCCCGCCUGUUGCUACAAGUCAUCGUUCGCGUGCCCGUCCGAAGAAAGCAACCACCACGCACCACCCGAGAUCCGCCGAUGUCAAAGUCCGUCCCGGCCGACGGCCAGCCACCCGCGCCGGCGCCGGAAGCGGUCGCUGUCGAUGGCAGUGAGCACGAGCAGGGCGGCGGCGGCGGCGGCAUGAGGUCGAUGGUAGAGCGGUGGAAGAUGGACGGCGCGCCGGCGCGGGCGCGGCUGCUGCUGCGGGCCGUCGCGUGGCUCUUCUCCCUCCUCGCCCUCGUUGUCAUGGCGUCCAACGCGCACGGCGGCAGCCAAGACUUCCGCAAAUACCCCGAAUACAACUACUGCCUGGGCAUCUCGAUCAUCGCGUGGCUGUACACCACGGCGCAGGUCCUGCGCGACGUCCACCGGCUCGGCUCCGGGCGGGACCUGAUCGCGGCGAGGAAGGCGUUGGCCGUCGUCGACUUCGCCGGAGAUCAGGUCGUCGCUUACCUCUUGAUAUCGGCGCUGUCCGCGGCGGCACUGGUGACGGACUACAUGCGUCAGGCGGCGGACAACCUGUUCACCGACUCGGCGGCGGCGGCCAUCAGCAUGUCAUUCUUCGCCUUCGUGGCCCUCGGCCUCUCUGCCCUCGUCUCCGGGUACAGCCUUUCCUUGGAAGCUCUCGUGUAGCCUCCCUGCACAUACAAUUCUUCCCUGUCUCACUACAACAAUGUGCAUACGCUCUCCAUUAUAAACUGUUCGUGGAUGAAUUAUUUGUAAAGGUGCGUCUAAGUUAUUGUAAGCCACCGUCUAUGCGGAAUCA